AUGGGCAACCCUAUGGAUGAUAAUAUUCACGCUCCCACUGUCCCCUCCGGUCCUAGGUCCGGGGGGGCGGGCUUCAAAGACCUGUCGAAACUGUCGAUGGUCGAGCUCAUGAACGAAAAGGAACGCAUAGAAGCUGAGCUUUCGGCUCUCAGCAGUGUUUUGACCUCUCAUGGAGUCGACAUGAACACACCCCUCCUCACACCAGACGGAUUUCCACGCAACGAUAUCGACGUAGCACAAAUACGCAUCACUCGAGCGCGGAUAAUACACCUCCGAAAUGACCACAAAGAAGUCAUGAAGUAUUUGGAGAAAGGUCUCCAUGCGCAUUUCGAAGCCCUCCGACAGGCUCAGGGUGCUCCUACGGGAGAUCCUGCAUCCACAUCUACGACUGCACCCACAUCUACAUCUGUACCCGCAUCUGCGUCUGCAUCCACAUCUACGUCUCAACCCCAAAUCACUCAGGAGACCUCUACAUCGCAGGCCGGAAUGGUGGAGACUCCGUUCGCAAGAGUUAAUAGCGUUGCGAGUGGAAGCCCAGCCGAUCGAGCUGGCUUGAAAGCGGGAGACACGAUCCGCAGCUUUGGAGGCGUCAACUGGGUGAAUCACGAGCGUCUUACGAAAAUCGGGGAAGUUGUACAACAGAACGAGGGAGUACGAAACCACUUUUAUUCUACGGGACUGCUGAAUCCAGUCGCUAACGAGCAUGCAGCGCGCCAUCGUUGUCAAAAGGCCGGGAGCGACGUCAUCCGGCUGCAGCCUUCGGAGCGUAGAUUUGAAUGGCAUCAUCAGCGCAGGCGUGUUUACUCCGUACGGAAUACCGGACUGGCGCGUCUCGCCUUCACUAACCGACUUGGUAGGGAUCGCAGGCGCCGGCUGAGGGGCUCCAAAGGAGGGGCAAACUCUGCCCUGUCACGUGACGCAGGCUCACCCGCUCGUUUGUUGUCACCGCCGAAAAUUCCAUCGCCGGCCCAACAUCACCAAGGAAUUUCUUUCCUCCUCAACCCUUGCGUCCACGAUCCUCGUGUUACGCCCUUUUCUGAGUCUUUCGACACCCGCAUCGCCGGUUUUCCCGCGAAGCGUUUCUCUCCAUCCCUUCGAUACUUGUUGGGAAGUUCUCUAAUCCCGUCACAUAAUCACCAUGGCAGCACCGCAGCAGCAAGCCCCACCAACCUUCAAGCUCGUCCUUGUCGGCGACGGUGGUACUGGAAAGACGGCGACUACGAUCUCGUGGCCCCUCGCUGGCUCGAUGCGACCGGCUUUCCGUCCGUGUGGACAGAGACACAUCUCCCUCAUCCUGCGUUGUUGAUGUUUUUAUCGCGCAAGAGGGCAUCGCUAACAUUUGCUUUUUCAUCACGACAGACCACCUUCGUCAAGCGCCACUUGACUGGAGAGUUCGAAAAGAAAUACAUCGCCACCCUGGGUGUUGAGGUUCACCCUCUGGGCUUCACUACGAACUUGGGUCCCAUCCAGUUUGACGUGUGGGACACCGCUGGUCAGGAGAAGUUCGGUGGUCUGAGAGAUGGAUACUACAUCAACGGCCAGUGUGGUAUCAUCAUGUUCGAUGUCACGUCGCGUAUCACCUACAAGAACGUUCCCAACUGGCACCGUGACCUGGUUCGUGUCUGCGAGAACAUCCCCAUUGUCCUUUGUGGCAACAAGGUCGAUGUCAAGGAGCGCAAGGUGAAGGCCAAGACCAUCACUUUCCACCGCAAGAAGAACCUUCAGUACUACGAUAUCUCGGCCAAGUCCAACUACAACUUCGAGAAGCCUUUCCUGUGGCUGGCUCGGAAGCUCGUCGGCAACCAGUCUUUGGAAUUCGUCGCCGCUCCUGCCCUUGCUCCUCCCGAGGUCCAGGUCAACCCCGAGCUUCUCGAACAAUACCAGAAGGAGAUGCACGAAGCUGCCCAGCAGCCUCUGCCUGAUGAGGAGGACGCUGACCUGUAA